AUGGGUUGGGAUGAAAUAAGUACAUCAAAUCUUUCACAUCAAUCAGUAAUUCAAUCAUGGCGUGAUAAAAGUUCUCUUAUAGAUGCAGUUCAUCGAGGUUAUCAUGCAAUUGUUUCACAUGGUUUUUAUUUGGAUCAUCUGGCAUCAGCUGAAUAUCAUUACAGUAAUGAUCUUAAAAUCGAUAUGAUACUUAAUACAACGGAGCAAAAACGUAUUCUUGGUGGUGAAGCAUGUCUAUGGACUGAAUAUAUUAAUUCAAAUAUGGUUCAUUCACGUACUUGGCCACGUACAGCUGCUAUUGCUGAAAGAUUAUGGUCAUCAACAUAUGAUAAAAUUGAUUGUAUGUACGAUAGACUUGCUAUAAUGGAUAAAAAAUUUUUUCAUCCUAAUGAUGAACAAUAUAUGAAAGAUUUAUCGACAUUAGCAUCAAAUGCUAGUGCUUUAAAAAUUUUAGCUGAUUUAUGUGAACCAUUAGGUUUACAAGGACGUGAUCGUUCGCGUAAUUAUACAAGUCAAACACCAUUAAAUCGUUUUGUUGAUAUUUUAAAAUCAGAAAGUGAACAAACUCGACAAUUAAUCAAAACAAAAAAUAUAUCACUUUUAUAUUCAACAUUUAUUUUAUGGAAAACAAAUAUUUUACAUAUUCAUUCUAAUGAUACAGAUAUUUUACAACUUUGUGAAAAUUUAGUUCAACUUAGUGAUAUUGGUAUUCGUUUAUUAAAAUUACUUCGUAAUAAUCAACAAAGACAAAUUGUAUCAUCACGAUGGUAUUAUUAUCAAAUAUAUAUUUUAAAUACAUUAGAAUAUCAAGUACCUGAAAUAAGAUUAGCCGGUGUUCGAGUUAUAAGAGACUUACUUGAACAAUUUGAUCCAUGUUCAUUUGAUUUAAUUAGUCUCAGUCUUAUUUUAUGUUUUCCAAUUAUUGUGAUUUUUGCGCAACGUCUUGGUUUUAUUCGACGACGUAUUCUUGUUCCAUGUUUAAAUUUUUUUUAUUAUUGUUGUGGUCGUUGUUAA